AUGUCUGCCACAAUGACCGAGAAGACACAAACGCUCGCCGUUGAUGAGCAACCAUCUUUCACACCAACAAAGGUCUUUUUCAUCAACUCAUCAAGUGGAGACUUCUCCGACGAGCUGCACGUCCUCGACCUGACGUCCAAUGUCACACUAUCGCCGUGCUCCAGCACAAGCCCCAUUCCAGACAGCCUCCGCGACGAAGUCGAGCGCGCCGCCACGAAACAGAAAAAUGAUCGCUCCGCCUGGUCUUUUGAGCUCACGCGAGGUACCUUCUCCUCUACCAUGGAAUUCCACGACGCGUCCGCCGGCGGCGCCGUCGCCGCGGAGCUCGACAUGCCCGUCCUCAAGCACUACAGCGUCUGGAAGGUGCGCUUCCCGGAAGGGUCCCCGCACUCGAGCCACGACGUCGAGGUGCGCCCCGUGAGCAUUUGGAAGAAGCAGGAGACGUUCGUCAAGGACUCGGUGCCGUACCUGUGGGACAUGUCCAUGGGCGGAAAGGGCGGCGUUCUGUACAAGACUGUCGAGUUUGAGAAGCGUGUGCCGGUUGCCCAGUUUGUCGCCAAGAACUGGCUCAAGAACUGCUGCGUGCUGGUUCUUGAUGACAGACAGCUGGAUGCUGUGGUUGCACUGUCGACGUGUGUGGCAGUGUUGAACCGGGAUAUUUAG